CCGGCGCGCGGGCCGGGCGGUGGGUGUGUUGACACGGAAAUGUUAGGCCCGGAGGGAACAAACUCAUGUGUCAUAGAUGGUUGCCCUCGCGUGGGAGCGGAGGGCCGCGGGCAGGGCUGGCAGGACGGAGUUUGCUACAAGGGCACCCUGCUUUCCCUGUGUGCGGCAUCUUCCUAGAUCAUGGAGAGCACCCAGGUGAUUGACUGGGAUGCUGAAGAGGAGGAGGAGGAGACAGAAAUAGCCAGUGGAUCCUUGGGGUAUAGCGUGGAGCCUGUAGGGCGGCUACGUCUCUUCAGUGGUACUCACGGACCAGAAAGAGAUUUCCCACUCUACAUUGGCAAGAAUGUAGUUGGCCGAAGCCCUGACUGCUCUGUGGCCCUGCCUUUUCCAUCCAUCUCCAAACAGCAUGCAGUGAUUGAAAUCUCAGCUUUGAACAAAGCCCCCGUACUCCAGGAUUGUGGGAGCCUCAAUGGCACUCAAAUCGUAAAGCCUCCUAGGGCCCUGAGCCCUGGGGUGAGCCAUCGUCUGAGGCACCAGGAAUUGAUUCUGUUUGCAGACUUCCCCUGCCAGUACCUUCACCUGGAUGUCCCACCCCCCUUGGUCCCUCGGAGACUGCUGACUGUAGAGAAGACCCCAGGAAUACAGGGAGGGUCCCAAACAUCCAGAGCUUUGUUGGCUGAGGAUUCAGAGGAGGAAGCAGAUUUUCCCUCUAGAAGGUGUGUGGCGAAUGGAUUUAGGAAUACAACAUCCCCUUCGGCAACAGUAGUUCCAGAAAGUGAUGACGAGGACUCUUUUCCAGCCCCAAGUGUCCCUGAGCACUCUUUGCCCUUUGAAUUGGGCAGUGAUACGGACGAAGAACAGCAGCCAGCGGUGGGGGAGUCCUCUUUAGCUCCCAGGAAUGGUGCUGCUGGGGAGGCUGAGCAGCCUGACGCUAAUGGAGUGCCAGCUGGCAUCCAGCUGGUGCAGGCUCAGCCUACUGAGCAACAGUUCAAGGACACAAAAGUCAAGAGUAAGGCAGGCAGUGGCGUGGUUCUGGCUGGGUCGAUUUUAGAGAGAAGCCCCACUCUUGGGGAGGACAGUGACACAGACGUGGAUGAAGAACAUCAGCCGUCUGGCUUUGUGGACAAUGCUGCAGGUGUGGAAGAAGAUACCCCACCUGUACUUCCUUGGAAGCAGCAGCAAGUCCUUGGAGUUGUUACAAGGGACCCUGGAGCACCUGGUGUGGCACAUCUGCAGGACACACCAGCUGGUGGUGACACAGGUGUGGAGCAGGGCAAGCCUGCACUGGCUACCUCUUCAGAGGGAGGCCACACCUCCAUGGUGAUCAACAGUGACACAGAUGAGGAGGGGGAUGUUGCAGCAUCACUCGCCUUGGCCCAUCUGAAAGAAAGAGGGGUGGAUUUGUGGAGCAGAAACCCAGGUGUGGAGGAGGUCAAGUCCCAACCACAGGUCCUUGUAGAACGAAGCCAGAGUGCCUCUGGGAGAGAUAGCGACACAGACAUGGAGGAUGGGCUCUCCGGGGAAAACAGAGGGUUUGUCCCUGACAGCCCCAUGGACAUAGAUGAGGCUCUUGUUGUCACACAUCCAGAGAGCCAGCCCUCCCAGAGGCCCAGUGAUGUCGGUGAGGCUGUGAGUAUGAGCUCCCCUGGCAGCCAUCUAGAGGGAAAUCAGGCCUCAUCGGCCACUGUGGACAAGAAAGGAGCAAAAGUGGAAGAGGAAGUCCCCCCGGGGCCCUCUGUUACCCUAGAGGAGAAGCGUCAGGUGCCUGUAGAGGAAGCCCAGGCUCCUGACGAGGCCUGGGAAACAGCUGUGGAGGAAGGCUCGUCUUCAGCAGUGGCAGAUGUAAGAAAGAUCCCAGGUGCUGGGACAGAGCAGGCUGCAGCUUUGUCUGAGCAGGAAAGCUCUCUUGAGGUGGGGGCCCCCAGCAGGUCACCUGCCACACCCGUGGAGCAGGCAGUAGUGUGCACAGAUACUUCAGGGGACCCUGCCCUGCCACAGAGGGAAGGAGCCCUCACUGCCACAGGAAGCGGGAGAGAAGCACGUGUUGGCGGGACCCAGAAUGCUAAAGACUGCUGUGAUGAGCCUGAAGAUCUAUGCCUUCCAGCUACCCAGUGCUUUGUGGAGAGUGAGAGCCAGAAUCCAGAAGCUGUCCAGAGUUUGGAAGAUGAGCCUACCCAAGUCUUCACAUGUACUCUUCCCCAGGAGCCUGGGCCUUCCCAUCUCAGCCUUCAGACUCCAGGUCCAGGCGCCUUGGACGCGCCCUGGGAAGUCUUGGCUACACAACCGUUCUGUCUGGGAGAGCAGACAGAGGCCUCUGAGCCCCAGCUCACUGCCACCCACCUGGAAGCUGGGGGAUCUCAUCCAUCUCUACCUAGGGCCCCACCAGGACACCAGCAUGUUGAAGGCAGAGAAAUACAGACUGUGGAGAAAGCCAUGGGCCUCUUGAGUUGCCAGGUGACACCUGCUGGGAAGGCUUCCGGGGGUGACCCAGAGCCUCCGUCCCAUCGCCUGUCCUCUCCAGUGCCUCCUCCUCAGGGUGACCCAGAGCCUCCGUCCCAUCGCCUGUCCUCUCCAGUGCCCGGAUCUUCAGCUCCACCUCAGAGUCUUCUCACCUCGAAGAGACAAAAGCAUUCUACACCUCAGCCUCCAUUUUCAACUUCUUCCCCUUCUGUCGGGCCACGGAGGUCCUCCAGGAUGACCCCUUCCUCACAUUCCUCUGCUGCCUCAGGACCAACAUCUCAGGCUGUUCGGGGCAGGGCAAAUAAGUCCUCCACCAUGACCCCAGAACUGAUUGUUCCUACAGACCCUGAGCUCCAGCCUCCCACCUCCACAGAACAGCCUGUUACCCCAAACCCCACACCUCGGGCCACGCGGGGCAGGCUAAGUAGGUCUUCCAAGACCCCAGAACCACUUAUCUCUACUGUCCCUGACCUUCAACCUUCCAUCUCCACAGAACAACCUGUCAUACCUAAACCCACAUCUCGGGGCAGGUCACGUAAGUCUUCUCUCAGGACCCCUGAAGCAGUUGUCCCUGCCUGUCCUGAACUCCAACCUCUCACCUCCGUAGAACAGCCUGUUAUCCCUAAAACCAGAGCCACUCGGGGCAGGCCGAGUAAGUCUUCUCUCAGGACCCCAGAACCAGGUGUCCCCACAGGCCCUGAACUCCAGCCCCUCACCUCCACAGAACAGCCUGCUGCCCUUAAUCUCACAUCUCGGACCUCUAGGGGCAGGUCCAGUAAGUCUGUCAGGACCCUGGAACCAGGUGUUCCCACUGGCCCUGAACUCCAGCCCCUCACCUCCACAGAGCAGCCUGCUGCUCCUGAGCCCUCUUCUCAGGGCAGGACACUUAGGUCUUCUGUCAGGACUCCUGAAGCCAGUAUCCCCAUAACCCCUAAGAGCCAGCCUUCUGCUGGUCCAGACCAGCCUGUCCCUAAGGCCCCAGCUCUGGGCACUCGGCGAAGGGCAUGUAAGUCCUCCACUGAUGGCCCUGAAUCAGCUGGACUAGCAGCCCCAGAUUUUGAGCCUCUCACCUCUACAGAACGUCUUGUCAUCCCUGGGGUGACAGGUGAGAGGGUGAGACGACAGUCUUCACCCCUAAGCGCGUCCUCAAUUCCCAGUGCCCCUGAACUCCAGCCACCUGUCCCCACAGCCCAAUCUGUUCCGCUGGAGCCCAUUCCUCAAGCCAGUCAGCAAAGGAGGCGGAGGGCUGCGAGGAGGCAGGCCUCCCACACAGUUGCUGUGGGCCACAAGCCUAACUCUGCAUCUGAACCUGAGCCCCAGUCUUCUGUCAGCCAAAGCUCAGGGCCGUCAGAAGCAUCUGAGUCGGAUACAGCCACUCCAGAGCCUGCUAUGGCCCUCAUCCAGAGUGAAGCAGCUAGAGGAUCAGGUCUCAUUCCCAAGCCUGAGCCUGGGGUUCCUCAAGUCUGCAGGAAGCCUUCCACUACCACAGGCUCACCCCUUCAGAAACGUCCCCGAAGGCAGGUACCGCAGAAAACUGUAGUCAUCAAGGAAGAGGAUCCUGCAGAAGCACCAGUGAGGGAAGAGCCUCAGGAGAGAGCAGUUCCCACACCAGGUAAGAGAAAGAGGAACCGUGCAGAGAAUGAGACCCAGGGUAACCCAAAUCGAAGCCAGCGAACUAAACCUAACCAAGAAGCAACAGCCCCCAAGGUGCUGUUCACGGGAGUCGUGGAUUCUCGUGGAGAGCGUGCAGUGCUGGCUCUGGGAGGCAGUCUGGCCAGCUCAGUGAAUGAGGCCUCCCACUUGGUCACUGAUCGUAUCCGAAGGACCGUCAAGUUCUUGUGUGCCCUGGGGAAGGGGAUUCCCAUCCUCUCCCUGAACUGGCUGUAUCAGUCCCGAAAAGCUGGCUGCUUUUUGCCUCCUGAUGACUACUUGGUGACUGACCCUGAGCAAGAGAAGAAUUUUAGCUUCAGUCUUCGGGAUUCACUGAGGCGGGCUCAGGGACGAAGACUGCUGGAGGGCUAUGAGAUUCAUGUGACCCCUGCAGUGCAGCCGCCCCCAUCUCAGAUGGGCGAGAUCAUCAGCUGCUGCGGAGGUACCGUCCUGCCUCGCAUGCCCCAUUCCUAUAAGCCUCAGCGAGUUGUCAUAACCUGCACUGAAGACCUCCCUCUCUGCACUGUCCCAUCUCAUCUGGGGCUGCCCCUGCUCUCUCCUGAGUUCCUCCUGACUGGAGUGCUGAAGCAGGAAGUCACCCCAGAGGCCUUUGUCCUCUCCAAACUGGAAACGUCAUCUACCUGAAAGAAAUCUGCCUCUGCCCUCCCAGACCAGCAGACAGUCCUAGAAACCAAAGAGGAACCCUCACAGCCGCAUUUAACCAGGCAAGGUGGCCCACACCUGUAACAUCAGCACUUGGGAAGCCUGCAUAAUGAGGCCCAUCUCACCAAACCAAACCUCAGGGUCUAACAAAGGCCUGCAGUAUAUCGUGUUGACAGGACUGCUUUGGGUAUGUGGAGAAGACCAAAGGGGUUUGGGGAAAAAGAGAAAAGGAAGCUUUUUCCUCAGUUCCAGUGUUUAGUUGGUCCACCCAAGCUGGGAUGCAGUUCUGUGGCAGAGCACUUGCCAGGUCGGCGGUCAAGGCUGUGUGCAGCUGCACGGCCGACGCCACUGCUGCAGACAGCCAGCUCACAGGGAUGCCUGGCUGAGAAGCUGAGGGUGGCUCACAGGGUGGGUUUUCUGACUCUGACCCACCGCUUAGGGCUUUUGGUUUUGCUACACUUGUUGGCCAGCUUUUCAGUGUUUGCAGUUAGCUCUGGUCAUCCUUAGCUCUGGUCAUCCCUGUGAUAGGUCAGUGCCCACUCUGCUUGCCUGAUGGCGAGUAUCUGUUGUGGAGACACAGAUGGUUUUGAACUUGCACUUUAUCGUUAGAGUGAAUUGGAUACUUUUCCAGGAUGUGGGGAAAGUAGAACUCUUGGAUAUGGCUGGUGUUUGGUUUUACCUCUGCAAUAAACAAUUUAAAGUUAAGUGCAGUGCUAGGCAUGGGUCAUUCUCUGGAGUCCCAGUACUUAGGAGGCUGGAGCAGGGAGGUCACGAGCUCCAGUUCAGCCUGGGCUACAAACCCUGUCUUGAAAAGAAAGUCCAGCGUGGUGGCACACAACUUUAAUCCCAGCACUCAGAGGUAGGCGGGUCUCUGAGAGUUUGAGGACAGCCAGGGCUGUUCACAGAGUAAACCCUGUCUCAAGAAAAAAAAGUAAAAUAAGGUUUUUUGUUUUUUUUUUUUUUUUUUUUUGUAAUUUUUGUUUUUUGUUGUUAGUUCUGGUCAUCUCUAUGGUCAGUACUGAUUACCACAUGACCCAGCCAUACUGCUCUGCCUCCUGGCAGGAAGUUCCCUAUGCAAAGAAAACAGGCAUGCACUUGUUCUCUAACCCCAGCGUUCCAGGGAGGGGCACAUGGGAUCAGAAGUUCAAGGUUAGCUUUGGCUACAUAGCAAAUUGGAGGCCAGUCCAAACUACAAGAGACUCAAAAAUGAGAAGCAAGCACUUGGUCAGUGUCCAUGUCUUUUGAGAGCUGAGGAUUGCCUUAUGCAGUCUAGGCAAGCUCUGCCACUAAGCCUGACCUCAGCACUUCAGAAGAGCCAAAUAGAAAGACUGUAGAGGCUCCAGAGUGAGUGUGCAAAUACGCUGUGCACACAGAGGAAUGUUCAGACAUUGAAAACUGUAAUCGAGGAGGAGUUUUGUCAUGAGCCAGACACAAAGGACACAUUUGGUCCCACCUCGUAACACACCCAGGAUGGUAACACACUCGUAACACACUCAGACUGAUGCUUGCCAGACUGAGUACAGGGAGCUGUGCAAGGGGGUCUCGAGUGUCACUGUGCGGAGGUGAGUGUCUGGGAGCCAGAGAGAGGUGAUUGUACACAAUGCAGAAUAUCAGAUACUAUAUUGAAGGGCUUUUUGCAUUGUGAAUUUCACAUCAAUAAAAGCUCGUUGCUUCCUUUGUA